CAUACUGGACAUAUUGGGAUCACUGAAUUACGUAGUGGAAAAGUAGACCCUGAGAAAAUUAAAAAACAAAUGGCAGAAGUUGCAGCGACUUUAAAUAUAGAUUUUGCUAACACAGUAUCAAUUGAUAAUGAUAAUGAUAUAUCAACAACAACCACAACAUUAUCUUCAAAUCAGAACUCUGAAAUAACAGAUCAAUCUGCCAAAGAAUUUAAAAUCAAG